AUGGCCAACACCGCACAUUUAUUCCGUAGACAAAGCUCACGAGAUCUGAUUCAGCAUGCUACAGUGCGCAGUAUAGACGAGCUCGAGCUUAAGGAGCUGCGCAGUCGGCUGGUGCGAGCCGAGAACGGAUCCCAGACUGUUAUCUACGGCGCCACGAAUCAGGCGUUCAUCAGCGACGAUGAUCCGCCGAUGGGGCAGAUGCUCGAUAUCGGGCUGUCGGCGGAUACCGCCGGACCGGUUCCGUCGUUGCAGCGGCACCAAACCGGCACCAGGAAGGUGGCCAUGCAGGCGUCGAUCGCUUCCGAGCACGGGCCCGCCAUCGAAGAGAAGCCGGAGGAUGAGCGUGAGAGCUGGGACAGCAAGUGGACCUUCCUGUUGGCCACGAUCGGCUAUGCUGUUGGCCUGGGGAACGUGUGGCGCUUUCCGUACCUAGCGCAGAAGAACGGGGGCGGAGCGUUUCUGGUGCCGUACUUCAUCAUGCUGCUGCUACAAGGGUUGCCUAUUUUCUACUUGGAGCUGGUCAUCGGGCAGCGGCUCCGGAAGGGCGCUAUCGGCGUAUGGCACGAGGUGUCGGUGUACCUGGGCGGUAUCGGCAUCUCGUCCGCGUUCGUAAGCUACAUCGUGGCACUGUACUACAACACCAUCAUCGCCUGGUGCUUGAUCUAUCUGCUGCAUAGCUUCGAAACACCGCUGCCGUGGGCCGAGUGUCCGAAGCGACUGUUCAGCAACUUUACGUACGACAUCGAGCCAGAGUGUGUGGUCUCGUCGCCCACCAAGUACUAUUGGUACCGGGAAACGCUACAGGUGUCGCCCAACGUGAACCAGCCCGAGCAGAUUAACUACACCGUGGCGAUGGCGCUGAUCACGGCGUGGUCCCUGGUGUACCUCUGCAUGGUCCAAGGCAUCACCGAGUCGAGCAAGAUCGUGUACAUUACGGCGAUCUUUCCCUACGUGGUGCUCAUCAUUUUUUUCUUCCGCGGUAUCACGUUGAAGGGAGCACUCGAUGGCAUUGCGCAUCUGUUCACACCCCGUUGGGAGUCGAUACUGGAGCCGGUCGUUUGGCUGGAGGCAGGAACACAGAUUUUCUUCUCGCUCGGCCUUGCGUUCGGUGGGCUAAUUGCGUUCAGUUCGUAUAACCCGGCCAACAACAACUGCUACCGUGAUGCGCUCGUCGUCUCGAUCACCAACUGUUCGACGUCCAUGUUCGCUGGUGUGGUUGUAUUUUCCGUGAUCGGCUUCAAGGCUACCUCCAUCUACGAUAGCUGCGUCGAAGAACGCGCCGAAAUGGUACGGUUGAACCGAUCAACCGACCUGCUGCCACCCUGCGAUCUACAGAAGGAGUUGGAAAAUAGCGCAUCGGGAACCGGGUUGGCGUUUAUCAUUUUCACCGAAGCCAUCAACCAGUUUCCGGCCGCCCAGCUGUGGGCUGUGCUGUUCUUUUUGAUGUUGUUCACGCUGGGCAUUGACUCGCAGUUCGGCACGCUCGAAGGUGUCAGCACCUCCCUGAUGGACAUGAAGCUGUUCCCGAAUGUACCGAAGGAAAUCAUCACUGGGGUUCUAUGUCUCUCGUGCUGCGUCAUUUCGAUGUGCUUCGCGAACGGUGCCGGUAGCUACAUAUUCCAGCUGAUGGACAGCUUCGCCGGCAGCUACACGCUGUUGAUUAUCGCAUUUUUUGAGUGCAUCGGCGUCAGCUACAUCUACGGUCUCAAGAGGUUUGCCGACGACAUCGAGCUGAUGACCGGCGCCCGACCCGGCCUGUAUUGGAUGCUGUGUUGGAAGUACAUAUCACCGAUUGCGAUGAUCACAAUACUGGUCGCCUCAUUUUUGGAGCUAGCGUCCGAGGGAAGUAGCUACCCGGGCUGGAAUCCGCUCACCGGCACCACGAAUCAGCUGGAGUGGCCAUACUGGUGCAUCGUCGUCGCGAUUCUACUGAUCCUCGUGUCCAUUCUCUGGAUUCCGGGCGUUGCUAUUCUCCGAUUAUGUGGCAUCAAUAUCAUCGAGGACAGUGAACCGGCGUGGUUCCCGUCGGCCGAGCUUCGAGACGUGCACGGCAUCGUACCCCACGAACCGACAGACAUCGAAAUAUCCUUGCUCUGUAUACGAGCCGACGGGUCGGAGGGUCUUUGCUGUCCUACGUACGGGCCACGUGAGCAGCCGCUCGAUGAGGAGGAGUAA